CUUAGUAAGCAUCAGAGCACAGCUUAGUAAGCAUCAGCCAUGUUGUGUUAUCAAUAUUUUAUCUUUGCUUUCUCGCUCGUGAUGGUCAGAGCCGUACAGGACUCGACCAAACCGUAUUACAACCUAGCCCAUGCCGAGCAACAUUUUACAGCAUUCAUCGACAAAUACGAAAAACACUACGAAAGUGCCGAAGAAUACAAUAGGCGGUUUGAAACAUUUAAGAAGAAAUUGUCUUUGAUCAACCAUUGGAACGAAAUUCACGAAGCAUCGUUUGAUGUUAACCAGUUCACCGAUGAAGAGCCAUCUCAAAAUAGAACUGGUUUCGUUCCUUCUAAACUGAGGAGCAAAUCACUCAAAAUAAAGUUGAACAAUAAAUUGUUACGAAAUGCUCCAACUACUCUUGAUUAUCGUACUUUAGGACUUGUGACGAAAAUAAAAAAAGCCCAAAUAGAUUGCGGUUCUUGUUACAUUUUUGGUGCUGUGGGUAAUAUCGAAGGCCAGUAUGCAAAAUUAACCGGAGAACUUAUUUCCCUGUCAGAACAGCAUGUUUUGGAUUGUGAAGAUACUCUUAAUGCAUGUGACGUCGGAGGCGACGAUUUAGAUAUUAUAAGGACUUUGUCAAAGGGCCAUGGUUUGGUGAGCGACGCAGAUUACCCUUACCUAGAUUAUCAACAAAAAGAGUGUAUUAACAAGCAACAAGUGAAAGUCAAAGUGGCAUCAGGUUGUUCUAUUUAUACACCGAACGAGGAAUAUCUAAAAUUAGCACUACUGAAAAACGGACCACUUUCAAUAAGUUUAUAUAUGUCCCCGUCGAUGGAUUACUACAGUGGGGGUGGUGUGUUCAAACUAAAAGAUUGUCCAUACAAUAGAGAUCCAAAUCAUGUUGUAUUACUAGUGGGAUAUUCAAAAGACCGGAGUGGCACUCCGUACUGGAUCAUCAAAAAUUCCUAUGGCCUAGAUUGGGGUCACAAAGGUUACCUGCACUUGGAGAUGGGAAAAGGGCAUUGUUCCAUACUGAAAGAAGGAGCGGUCAAUGCUAAAGUCAUGCGCCCGUAAAAGAGGCUCUUGAAACGCCAGGAUAAAGGAUCGAUUUUACAUUGAGCGUGCCAGACACGUGUCGUGGCCAUCGGGUAUUAUAUGUACAUCGAUGGCCGUGGCGGACAACAACAACAAACAAACAAACAAAUUAUUUUUCACCUCAUCAAGCCUGCUACUUUUUAAGUGCGACUUUCCUCACUCCAGGGAGUGAAACAAAGUAGCUUUUUAAUUUAGUGAAGGCCAUGAACUGCCACUUCAUACUUUUUUUUGUAUUAUUCUGUGUAAUUCGAAAUACAUUUUAACCUUUAAUAUGUUCUCACUACUGAGGUGAAAAAUGAUGUAUGUAACACGAGAGCAAAGUUAUUUUACAUCUCGUGUUUUUGAGUCCCGAGAAAGCGAAAUAUUCACUAACUUAGAAUCUUGAGCACACAAUAAACUCACACACAAUAAACACUUGCAAGAAAGACCAACUUUUCUCUCUUGUUGCACAAAUAACUAUAUUCGUCGAUCAUAGGUGUACACAACAUGACAUUGCAUAUGAUGGUAAAAAAGAAAAAUUGUUCCACUAUGUCGUACCCAAGGGCAUACGAAAUUCAGUUUGUUUGCUAACAGCAAUAAGCAUGCACCAUGCACUAAAUAUAAUAUUUACAAUCAGUGUGUAUGUCAAACAAGCAAUUAACUUAAAUGUCCAGUAAUAUUACUUAACAAUUAUAUAAAAAUCGUAACAAGUUUAUCAUUAUAGGUAAUACAUCUGUAUAUCACAUUUAACACACAAAUUAUAAUAUACGUCUAUACAGUGCAUAUUAACGUAUUAUAUCUAAUCGUUACACGAAUUAUAAAUUGAAGCGUUUUUCGUGGCUUCUGGGUUGAUCUAAUAACAACAGAUCUUAAUUUUGUUUUUUUUUUUUCUUUACUUUUGUAAAUAUAUAAAUUGUACUUUGUACCACUCUACCGCCCUGUUUUGCAUAAUGCCUAUAUAAAA